ACUGCUCGAUUCGCUGUCAGUUGUUGACGAGGAGAGUUAGAAGAAAGUGCUGCUAAGUACGGUUCUAUGUUGAAUCAGUGGCCAGGUGCAAUUAUUUGUCUUGUGUGUUUUAUUGUAGUGAAAAAAAUGACUAUGCUUUAUUAGUGCUAGUUUCGUUAAUCUGAGCAAAUUUUAAAUAUAGGCUAAUGUCGGCUAAUGUCCGUGCAACAACCCAAAUCUAGUGCGGUGAAAUAAUAAAGUAAUUGGUGCGCUGGUGCAAUUCGUUGGUCGCUGCUUGUGAAACCCCACGACGCCAACGACAACAGCAAACGACGACAACCACGACGACGACGACGGUGAAGGCGACGGUGAGUGGAUAAAAGCGUGUUGUACUCGAUGGAUUGGUAUAUACUUUAUAGUUAUACAUAGUGCGCCGCCGAUCGCAAUAAUCGCAGUACGUCACGAUCUAUUGGAGUCUAGGAGCUUAAUUGGAAGUGUCUUGUGCUGUGCCAGUAGUGGAUGCUGGCCAACCCACCAGCGACGAUGAUUGCUGAUGAUGAUUAUAGUGGAGCAGAAAUAGAGUGAAAACGCAGAAGGUGGAGGAGCGAAGUGAGUUGUGGUUUUGGAAGCUUUCGGGGGCUCUGAAAUUUGCUUCAUUGUACGGUGUGAUGAAAGAACACAAAAAUAAAGGCAAUAUAUAGAUGAGAAAAGGUGUUGAAAGAGAAGCUGGUUGGAAGAAUUGUGGCCGAUAUUGAAGCGAAGAGAAUAAUUACCGGUGAAAAGUGUAACAACUGAGAAAAUAGUUUCGGAGGGCGAUCAAAGUGAGUGGAAAUAAAAAUUCCAAGUUUAGGAGUCCAUCGAGUUUCCAGUUGCUGAACUAAAAAGUGCUUCUCAACAAACACAAACCUUUCCCCAGCUGAAAAGGAUGCCGGAAUUGGGUGGCCUGAUAUACAACUCUAGCAAGCGUAUUUAUUCCGUCGGAAGUCGUUCUACGGUCGUGUGUGGCAAAUAGUGGCACAUUGUGACCAGCAGCCUGAGUCGAACAAAACUGCCCGGCUUGGCGGAGGUUGUUGUCAGGUGGACAGACAUUGCUUUUGCCACCCGAUGAAGAUGUCAUCCUCACACUCCGCGACCAACGACGGCGGGACGUCGAACAGUAAUGCACACCGGAAAGGGCACAGACGGAACGAGUCCAUGUACGCGAUGACUGGCCUCUACUCGGAAGCGCAAUUCGACGACAGCAGCGCAGAUAUUCCCCAGGACACCGAAUCGGAAUCGUUGCCAGCUUCGGUCAACACUGCCAUCACGGAAACGGUCGUCAAGUGCCACAGCCGGCAACCGUCGAAUAGUGUGACGAUGAUGGAACGCGAGAAACCGCUACCGAAUGUGCUGCUAGCGAGUGACGACUAUUCGCGGGACUGCGGUAUUCUGACCUGCCGACCUUCCGCACUGCAAAAGUUCGCUAGAAUCAAGGUGUUUGUGUUGUUGCUGUCGAUCCUGGUGACGUUGCAGCAGGCACUUAGUUCCGGAUAUAUCAAUUCCGUCAUUACUACCAUAGAGAAACGUUUCGAGAUUCCUUCGAGUCUGUCCGGUCUGGUGGCGUCUAGCUACGAGAUCGGAAACGUCAUAACUGUUAUCUUUGUUAGUUACUUGGGUAGUCGGCGGCACAUUCCAGUGUGGAUUGGGAUUGGUGCUGUCAUAAUGGGCAUUGGGUCCUUAGUAUUUAUGAUUCCUCACUUCACCGGCGAGCCAAACCCCGGGGUUAUGCUUGACAAUAAGACUGCUGACAACAUCUGUCGGUUGGUGUCGGUGCGAGAGCAGGAUAUGGGUCUUGGCCGGUUAUCCAACAGCCUUUCCAAUCCGCCACUGACAACGCAUAAUCUCAGAGGUGACAACUGUCUCAAAAGUAAGGCGUCCACCUUCGGGCCGGUGAUAUUGUUCGUGAUUGCGCAAAUCUUACUUGGUGGAGGAGGGAGUCCACUGUUCACGCUGGGUACCACCUACGUCGAUGAUCACGUUCGCAAGGAAAGCUCAUCGAUGUAUAUUGGUGCAAUGUAUAGUAUGGCCGCCUUCGGGCCUGUGUUAGGCUUCCUGCUGGGGGCGUAUUUGCUGUCGUUCCAUAUGGAUUCAUUCUCGGGCAGCGAUAUUAAUAUAGAUCCCGACGACCGCCGAUGGGUGGGCAUGUGGUGGGGUGGUUUCCUAGUGUGUGGUAUUCUCCUGAUACUGGUAGCAAUUCCAUUUUUCUCCUUUCCGAAGGUUCUAACUAGAGAAAAGAAGAAAAUUCGAAUCGCCGAGCAGAAGCUGCCUCAAUUGCAGCAAUUAUCGGCGAACAAUUCCAGCAGUUUAUCCCGACCACAGCCAAAUCAAUCGCAAAUUCAGCAACAACAGCAAUCACAGCAGCCACCGGGCAGUGGAACUGGUGGGGGUCAAUCCGCGCCAAACAAAUCGAAUGAGGACACCGGAUAUGGAAACGAUAUUAAAGAUAUUCCCCUUUCGAUGUGGCGCUUGGUGUCCAACCCGGUCUAUAUUGUAACCUGUCUGGGGGCUUGCAUGGAGCUGAUGAUUGUUUCCGGCUUCGUGGUUUUUCUACCCAAAUAUCUGGAAACGCAGUUUAGUUUGGGCAAGAGCCAAGCCAGUGUCUUCACUGGUUCGAUUGCGGUUCCGGGAGCGUGCAUCGGCAUUUUCAUCGGUGGCUGCAUUCUGAAGCGAUUUCAGCUCAAACCGAAGGGUGCAGUCCAGUUCGUGCUGGUUUCUAACCUGGUCUGCCUUUCCUGCUAUGGUUUGCUUUUCUUUCUGGGUUGUGAGAAUCUGAAAAUGGCCGGAACCACCAUUCCGUACUACAACAGUUCGCCGGCGCACAACGUCGAACCGUUCCAGGUGAAUCUGACCGCAGCGUGCAACUUCGGCUGCGAGUGUCACAUGUUUGACGUGGAACCAGUUUGCGGAAACAACGGGCUGACCUAUUUCAGUCCCUGCCACGCGGGCUGUACGGCAUUUUCGUCGAGCUCCAACUAUACCAAUUGUGCAUGCGUCCAAACCAAUGUAACCCGGGUGUACACCGGUGCCGAGGGGGCCCAAGCGCAGGCACUCAAUGCACACGAAAACUUUGCCGAAGUAACCGUCGUUCCUGUGGCCACGGCUGGUGUGUGCAACAAACCGUGCCGGACCAUCUAUCCCUUCCUGAUACUGUUGUUCUUCAUGACAUUCGUUGUCGCUUCCACGCAGAUGCCUCUUCUGAUGAUAGUUUUAAGGUCCGUUUCUGAGGAGGAGCGUUCGUUCGCCCUCGGUAUGCAGUUUGUGAUUUUCCGGCUGUUCGGUUACAUUCCGGCACCGAUCGUGUUUGGGAAUCUCAUCGAUUCUUCCUGUCUGCUGUGGAAAUCCACCUGCGGCGAGAAGGGUGGCCGUUGUUUGAUUUAUGAUAUCGAGAAAUUCCGUUAUAAAUAUGUGGGCCUUUGUGCAAGCAUCAAAAUUAUUGCUCUUUUCAUUUUCAUCACCGACUGGUGGUUGGUGCGUCGGAGAAAAAAUCUGGACAAAUUGAAUCCUCUAUCGGCAAAUGAGUUGGUGGGAUCUAUCAUAAGUUUGGAUAAAUUGUUCGAAGAGAAAACCAAUAUAGACCAAGCUCCUUUUAAUGGAGAAUGCACUUCGGGCGACUCAAUCGGGGACAAUAACACUAAACGCAUUUUGAUAGCUAGUCGACAUUUGCGAAAUGAUUCCAAGUCGAUUCAGUUGGAGUACAGGUACGAUGACGCACCGGCCCAGCACUAUAGCCGACCACGUAAACAUGUUCGCAGUAAUUCCUGUGAUAUCAAAAUCCAGCGUUCUAACUCGGCCACCAAUAGGGAGACGGAUUUCCAUGAUUGGAAACUGAAGCGCUUCAUGCGUCAUCACACCCGAAACAAUUCCCGUGAUUUAGACCAGGACCAUUGUUGUCGUCAGCAACAUAAAGAGCACAAUAACCAAACGAGUCGAUGGAUCAGUUCCCACAAUAGCAACGCCGAUCCGUCUGCACCGUCAAAUAUCAAGUACAUCUUGAAUCACCUGAAAAGUAAUAACGUGGAUGGUCAUAACAAGCUGAACUACAGUAACAGUUGCAGUGGAAGUAACAGUGGACAAUGUGGGGGCUCGAAAAAGAAACGACACACGAGAAACUACUCCUACGGGCAGGAGUUCUCUUUUCUGCCAAACAAUGUUAUCAUUCGAUUGGAUAAAGAUAUUGCCAACAAGUUCCUGGCGAACAAUGGCGGCGCAAACACUUCUCGCAAAAGUUCAUUCUCACAUGACGUCAAUCUGUUGAAGAACAUCAACAAACUAAACAAUUGUGGAAACAGUAAAGACAUGAACGAUCUUAACGAGGAGCUGGAAUCCAAGUAUGCGAAAGGAUCGUCUCAUGCAGCCUAUGGACACUCGAGAAACAACUCGAAAGAUUUGAGGCUCCUCAAUGUGCAAAACACGGGUGAAAGUAAUGGAGUUCUUGGUGGUAUCAAAGCACUGCUCGAGGAUUCUAACAGCAUCUUGCGACACAGACGAGCAAACUCAAAAGAUCUGAAAUAUAGUGGCUAUCAGCCGUGUGAAGUGGCGGGAACUAGCGUUGGUGCUGGUGUAAGAAAAAUGUCUAACGGUGACGGCCAUCAGCUCCAUCACCAUCCUCACUUGCAUCACGGACACCCAGUGGCUGCUGGAUGCCUUCCGGCAGUUGGUGGUAGCGGUCAAGCGGAAUCUCUUCAACUACUGCUAGAAAAGUCACCGAAUCUCCUAGAAUCUCACGGUGGUACCAGCUCUUCCGCCAACACUGAAAGUGGUUCAACGUCGACUGAUGUUUAGCCAGAGGUGGCAAUUGUGUGCGUUUGGUCCGGUCGAUCUUUAAAGGUUGCCAUACACUUUCCGCGUUUCCUUGCGAAGACUGUUUUCCAUACCAUGCUUUAACGAGUCGUUCCCUAUUUUUAAAAGUUAUUAACAGAGCGAUGAUCAACGAUUUGCUGUAACUAACCCUUUACCUCCCCUUCAUCUGUCAGCCGGUUCACUCAAGCAGCAGCACAUGCUUCGUAAUGGUUUCAGCAAUGUAGGAAGUUUGUGCCGCGCUGAGUGGAGAAAAUAGGUUUAGAAUCACGCAUACCGUAAUUAGUGUUUUGUAAAACCCGAGACUGCAUUUGUUACGUUAGAUUUAGAGGUCCGUUUUCAAUAUUUUAAGCGAAAACUGGAAUGGAAGGUUUUGUUUGAUCGAGGAGGGGUGAUUAUUGGUUGAUUUUUGAGAACAUUCUUCCAUUUGACUUUCAGAUAAUGCUGUAGCUCGCAUUUCAGAUAGUAUAUUUUUUGACUUUUAAUUUCACUAUGACUUAGGUUGACAACGUUAAUGAAAUCUGUCAUGCCGAAUUAAAGACAUCCUUUAAAACAUAGUGCAUCUUUUGCACUUGAAUUUACUCAUUCCAGGCAUGCUUACACUUGUGAAAAAUGCAUCAGCUAGCGAGAAGUUGACAUUUCUGCAUGCUAAUCUGACAGUUCGAUCAAUUUUACUUUAUUUGAAGUAUGAUUCCGUGCAUCACAUGAACUGUAACCGCUUUUACAGGGUGCGCGAAUCGUUUGAAUACACUUUUAAAGUGUGUUAAAAAAAUAAAAAUGCAAGAUAUUCUGAAUCAAUUUUCAUUGAAGCAGUGACUAUCGAGAACCUUUACGGCGUAUUAGCUGGAAGCACACCUUUUUUGUGCUGUAUGACGAGCUUGAAAUGUUUUUCAAAAAAAUCGAACGCGGCUUACAACUGGUCUAUCGGGAUCUCGCCCCAGACCUUGGCAAUAAGCUUUUUGAACUGGUCCAUAGUGCUUACUUUAUUAUCGUUUUGAUAGGCCAGUGUGUACGACUAUACCUAAAAGUCCAGGGGAUUGAGGUCCGAGGGGCUGGGAGGUCACAAAGUCUUAUCAAGAACAAGAAACAGUAAAUUUCUCCCGACGCCACAUUUGGACGAUAUUCGCCGUGUGGAUCGGUGCACCGUCCUAUUGCAGAAACUUCCCGUAGAGGUCCCAGAGGGCCGGGACCACAACCUUCUUCAGGACACUGGCACGUGGCGUUGAUUUUAACGCUUUUUCUCGAUAAUCCCUAAUGUGAGCUUCCCCGCCUGGAAACCAUCUUCAACGCCGCGCUCUGGCCAACGUCGGCAUUCACAGCUGAUUAUUUUGGCGAUUGUGCGGUUUUCGCAAGACAACAGUUUUACAUGGAGCGCACCUACACAACGAUGAAAGGUUGUAUUCGAACUUAUUGAACACCCUGUAAUAUUCGGAUUUUUUAGCAAAAAAAUCCUUGACCUUAAUUUACUCUUUAUGUUUAGCGGGUUCAUGUGGUUUAAUUUUAAUGUCAUUGAACGACUUAAUGAGCGAUUGAAUGACGAAGUGAAAAUUGAUUUAUUUUUCUAGCCAAAAAAUAUAUCUGUGGAUCGCAUUUACCUUCACGUACGGAAAUUACUUUCAUUUCUGCUUGUAUGCGUAAAACCAGUAGAAAAUCUUCGAAUUAUUUAAACCUAAAUGUGAAUAACGUUGUGUUCAUGUGUCAUCUAGAACUCUUCUUGCCUAUUUUUAUUGUCCGCUGUAUUAGCUAAGCAUUUCCGUUUCGCGGCAAGAAAAUAUGAUCAAAAUUUCUCGCUUUUUUGGCUAAUAAAAAUUCAUUUACCUCUGUCAUUAUUAAAAAAUUAAUGAUUGCUUGCAUUGAGCCAAAUUUAUGUAAGUAAUUGUACUAAUCAUGACAACACAAAUUCACUAGAAGAAAAUGCAAGCAAGGAGUCAACCAAAAACAUCAUAUCAAUAAGGCUAGUAACUCUACCUUAAAUCGCCUAAUAGUGUGUGUGCUGGCGAUACAAAUGGAAACCAAACGCACAGGCAGGAUCAUCACACACGCAUAUAACGUCUUCGUAGCGAUGCCAUCAUCCCCACUUUCAUGACGACCUUUCAUCUUUAAUAAUUGAAGUGCGCUGUUUGAUUUGUCGCUUGUUAUUUAUAUAGGAUCGAUCCAGAGUUGCCAGUCUUCUUGUUACGGUGUUUUCGAUUAGUCCUGAAAAGAAGUUGUUUUUAUUUUUGUCCGGGUAGAUUCUGUUCACAGUGUAAUUAUUAGCCAGAACAUGAAGAAACGAAUUGAUCAAAAAGUAGGCGCGAAAGUCUUUGUUUUUCGCUGAACGACAGCAAGAAACUUUUUCGUGUUUGCUUAUGUAUCCUUUCCAACUACGUAAAUGAAAAUCUCAAUUUUGUGUGUGUUAACUGAGACGAGCAAUAACUAGACACACAGCUCCCAGCAUGUGACUGGAAACAAGGUCGAAACGCCCUCAACGCGCCCAAGAAACAUUAACUGUAGUUUGGCAAGUUUGACAAAACAUUUCUGUAGUUGUUAUUGUCAAGCUCGUAUUCGAUAGUUUAUGCAUAUUACACACACACACACACUGACCAUUGAUGUUUCUGGAAGUCGUUCGGGGCGCCACAUUACAGGAAGUUCGCAAGGUAUAUGAGAAGAUCUGACAGUUGUGUACAUUGUUAUCUCGUCUUUGGUUUUAAGCUUCUUAAAAACCUAAAUAUUAACUUCUUGCUUCUUGAAAACAUAAAUAUUAACAGCAAACCAUACAGUGUUAAAAUAAACAUAAUUUAAUAAUGUGUUGCAAGCUGCGGUCAUUUAUAUGCAAUGGUUGCUUAUAAACAAACUUAGAAUCUACCUUUUUUUCAAAUAUGGCUGUUCGUGCUUUUUGACGUUCCAUUAUACACAUCAUGGUAAUGAGUAACCACAGCAAAAGUAACGUUACGGUUAUGACCCAUCGCCGUAAAAUUAAGAGGAACCUGGAUGGUGGCUGUGUUCCAUACAAUUUUGAGGUUAGAUUUCUUUUAAUUUGACGAUUUUGAACGUAAAAUUCGCAACUUCAAACUAAUAAAUAGCGCUUGAAUUGCUACUACAUGCAUGCCUCAGCGGUGCAUCAUGGUUUCACACACGUAAAUUGAAUGAUUUUCCAGAAAAUUAUCUUGCAAAAUUUGGGCCGAAUUCGAGCACGAAGUUUUCCCUCAACGAUAAUUUUAUAUCGACGGCUGUUAGCACGACAACAACAUUCAUGAUUUUUCACAAUUUGACAUAUGAAUAAAUAGCAUUAGAUGGUGUUGUUGUACUUGCGUAAAGUACUGCUAUCAUUUGUGAACUGGGGUAGGGCUGCCAACCCUGGUUACUUCAAAGAUACCCACAUCGACUGUCUCUUUCAAAUGAGUUUACUCAACUUCGGUCGAACAACCGCCUUAAGUGAUUCAGCAAACCCCGAAUCCGUUCCAGACUUCCACAGCCAUAGAUAACCGAUUUUUUUUUUGGUAGAAAUUACAAAUACUCUGUUAGAUACACAAAUAGAAGCAUAACAGUAUCAUCACGACCGGAGCAAAAGCAAGGGAGCUAGCAAAGUAACAAAUUAAUACCUAAUGCAAUAUAGAGAGCAAGACGAAACUUACAAGAACAAAACGUAAAAGAAUUGAAGUUAAAUACAACCUUCCAAAUAUUCCUAUGAAUGAAAAGAUAAUAUUAACUUUUAGUGCAAGCAUUAAAUUUUAUAAUACAUUACAGUUUAGCAUACUGUCAGUAUGCAGUGCGAGCAAAUAGUUAUAAAUCAAUUGUAGACGAAUACUAAAGCCUAACUUAUUAUGAUGCGCAAGUACUUGUAGCUUGCAGCAAGAGGAUUAUAAGAAUAAUUGAACAAUGGAAACAGCAGGAUUUAAGCAUUAAAUAAAGAAUACAAUAUUUUUAUACAUUUACCUAUUAAAGCAAACGACAGAAAUGCAACAAAAAAAUUGUUAUACCUUUUAUGAUGCAAGAGAGAAACACGUGAACGUUAAAUUUAGAACUUUAAACGCGGAUGUUUGCGAGACAAACUUUUAGCUUACCCUGGCGUAUUUUUCCCUCUGCUUUCCAAAACCCCAGCUCCAUAAUCACGCAAAACCAGAAUAGAAAACAAAGUUUUAAUGUUUGCUAAAUUUUCACACACCUUAAUUGUACAUUUCGAUUAGAAAAGCCGUUUGAACGAAUUACGUUCGUUAUUCUGAGUUAUUCUUAUCCUUCAGCUUCUAUCCGAUUGAGAUCAGAUAGUCCAUUUUAAUUUCACUCAUUGGAGCGAUACUCACAGUCAUUAAUGAGAAUCGCUCUGCUGAGUGAGUAGACUGUGAGGAGAAGAAUUUCAUCAUUAGAGUCCAAUCGAAACGUACAAUAGAAGCGUUCUUUUAAUGAGUAACGUGUUUAUGAGUGGUUCAAAAGUAUGUACUUUUCUAUCACUGUAGUUUGUGUACUGGACUUGAGCAGUGAUAUUUUCCAUGCUAAUGCAAUGAUGGGAAUGCCGCUAAAAACGAAGUCACACGAGGACUUUUGUCGUGCACACGAUGGUGAAAGCAUAUGCGUAUAGCUUGUAUGUAGGUUUGAUUUAGGCGCGGAAUUCACUGUAAAGUUGAGAUGAGCACUAACGAGUGAAUGGGUGUGCUCGAGUGAAAAAUCGGGCGUAAACUAGGAGCUGUGAAAUUACUCUAGGUAAAAAAUGUAAAACGAAGAUAUGAAUGAAAACCGCCUAAAAUGUAUUUUCAAGGUUGUUACUGAUUUAUAGCAAAGUAUGUAGUGCUGGGAUUGGAUGCUGGAGAUUGUGCCGUGUUGUUGUGUUGCAGAUGAUUCCUUUUCCUCAAAUCUUAACCCUGUAGUCAACUGAGCAGUAGGCGUAGGUUCUAAGCGUGUUACUGAGUGAGAAUUCUAGCCAUGUGUAGACAAAAAAAAGUUUUUUCCCUUCAGUUUUUAGUGCAAACGUAAACGUAGACUGGCGUUGCGAAACACCAAUAGAAGAUUGGUGACGUUUUUACAUGAACUUAGUAAAUAGUUUGUUGGACAUGUUCCUUCGUGCACUCCUCUACACUCUUGUCGGUGUAUGUGUGUUGUAAGUAGUGAUUCGAUAAAUAAUGAAAAUAUGAUCUUAGGUUUCCAACAAUAACAUUCAAUCAUAGCAAAACGAGUUAGUUUAUGUUUAUUAUAAAAAAACGUAGAAUUUGUCGCACUUCCAGCAAAAUUUAGAUUUUCUCACGUUAAUAUACAAUGUACUAAUUUGGCAUCGCUGUACUUUAAAACAAUUACAAUAUUUUAGAAACGAAACAAAUCAACGGGGCACGUCUACGAAGCAUUAUGAGAAAGCGCAACGGAAAAGUAAACAUAUCGUGUUACAAAGUAAACAGUAAACAAAGAUGGAAAUUUAUGCAACUAACUUUAAAACACAUAAAGACCUAUUUUUAUCAAACACAAAACUAAGAAAGCAAAAGGUACAAUUUGAAUUUACCAGAAAAGCAAUGUUUCCAAAACCACGUACCGAUAAGCACUAUAUUUUCUCUUCUAUCUGGGACAUCACAACUGUUGCUGUUCAAACUGAUGGGUGUACAAACUGUAUGUUAAGUUGUUCACACACACAACAGAAUACACACAGGCAUACACACAAUCUCAAUACAAGUAAAAAUCGCUGUCAAUUAGACUAUGAGCUGUUUUCAUGCUGUGUACUGACUUUAAGAAUAUCAACGCGUAUAUGAAAUCACAAUAAUCCAACAAUAGAACAAGAAAAAAAGUUAUGAUUGUGACAGGAACGGAAUGCAGUUAGGAAAUGGUGCGUAACUACUAGGAAUAAACUAAAUAAAACUAUGAAUACAUUUAUAUGAAAAUUACGAUCACCAAACGUAGCAAUGUUUUCCAUUUUUGGAACGAAACGAAAACCAAUUGAAG